UUCAGUUUUCAAAACUGACUCCCUUUUGCUACCUAGUGGAUAGUUCCUUAACUAGAUUUUGUAGUAGGCGCCAAGGCAUGCGCACUGCUAUCAUCAUUCAUUCAAGAUUUGUCACCCACUGCUCCGAUUCUGCCGAUUUUCUUUGAAAAUAAUCAAACCCAAUUGUGUACAAUUUGUGUGGUGCAAUUUCAGCCAGAUAUAACGAGUUGCAGAAUAAUUGAGUUAUCAUGGCUCUUAAGGCUCAGGUCGGACAAAAAAUUAUGAAUGAGGUCAUAAAACAUAAACCUUCAAAGAAAAAUGGGCCAACACCACAGCAAGGUUCACAUAAUGUUGAGUGGCGAGUUUUAGUUGUAGAUCAGCUAGCGAUGAGGAUGGUAUCAGCCUGCUGCAAAAUGCACGAUAUAUCGGCCGAGUAUAUUACGUUGGUUGAAGACAUAAAUAAAAAACGAGAACCUUUACCAACAAUGGAAGGAAUAUAUCUCAUCACCCCAUCUGAAAAAUCUGUGCAUGCUUUGAUGAAUGAUUUUGAAGGCAGACACAUGUACAAGUCAGCACAUGUCUUUUUUACAGAAGCCUGUCCAGAUGAAUUGUUCAAUCAGUUGGCACGUCACAGAAUAGCAAAGUUCAUAAAAACAUUGAAAGAGAUCAACAUUGCAUUUAUACCAACAGAGUCACAGGUAUUAAAGAGGUUUCAUAAAAAGAGAAAUCACUAACCAUGCCUUUGCUUGUUGUGUCUACUUAACUUUGGUAGUUCCUGGACUCUUCUUGAUCUAUACAUGCACCAUAAUUGAGUCUACAAAAACUAAUUAACUAAACCUCUAAUUGGUUAUUCAUUUAUUAGACAGUGAAUUUAAUUUGAUUUUAACUUAACUUUGAUGCAUAGCAUUUCCUUGACCUUGUACAUUUAUCAUAUCAUUCUUAUUAUCUUUUGAUUUAUAAUAAAACGUGUUUUGUGUGCAAGUCUGUCCUGAGGAAUUGUUCAAUGAGUUGUGCAAAUCUUGUGCAGCAAGGAAAAUAAAAACCUUGAAGGAGAUCAACAUUGCAUUUUUGCCCUAUGAGUCGCAGGUGUUUUCCCUAGAUUCUCCAGACACUUUCCAAUGCAGCUAUGAUCCAACGUUUGCUGCUGCUCGUAAUGCGAACAUGGAAAGAAUGGCGGAACAAAUUGCUACACUUUGUGCUACUCUGGGUGAAUACCCUCAUGUACGAUACAGAAGUGAUUGGGAGCGAAAUGUAGAACUGGCCCAGCUGAUUCAACAGAAACUAGAUGCUUACAAAGCUGAUGAACCUACCAUGGGUGAAGGUCCAGAAAAAGCUAGGUCUCAGCUACUUAUUCUAGACCGAGGAUUUGAUUGUGUCUCUCCUUUACUACAUGAACUUACAUUCCAAGCCAUGGCUUAUGAUUUGCUGCCUAUUGAAAAUGAUGUUUAUAGAUACGAGGCUUCCGCGGGAGUUACUAAAGAAGUGUUGCUGGACGAAAACGAUGAACUUUGGGUUGAACUCCGCCAUCAACAUAUUGCUGUUGUGUCUCAAAGUGUCACUAAGAACCUGAAGAAGUUCACUGAUUCCAAACGCAUGACUCAGAGUGACAAACAGUCUAUGAAGGAUCUUUCCACUAUGAUCAAAAAGAUGCCUCAGUACCAGAAAGAGUUGUCCAAGUAUGCUACACAUUUGCAUCUAGCUGAAGAUUGUAUGAAAGCGUAUCAGGGAUAUGUGGAUAAGUUGUGCAAAGUUGAACAGGAUUUGGCAAUGGGCACUGACGCUGAAGGUGAGAAAAUUAAAGACCACAUGAGAAACAUAGUUCCGAUCUUGCUGGAUCCCAAAAUUACAAACGAAUACGACAAAAUGAGGAUAAUAGCACUUUACGCCAUGACUAAGAAUGGAAUAACUGAGGAAAAUUUGUCAAAACUCGCCACUCAUGCCCAAAUUAAGGAUAAACAGACUAUUGCUAAUCUACAGUUGCUUGGUGUCAAUGUUAUAAAUGAUGGUGGCCCAAGAAAAAAACCCUACUCUGUCCCAAGAAAAGAAAGAAUCACAGAACAGACUUAUCAAAUGUCAAGAUGGACUCCAGUAAUUAAGGACGUAAUGGAAGAUUGCAUUGAAGAUAAACUUGACCAGAAACAUUUCCCAUUUUUGGCGGGAAGAGCACAAAGUACUGGGUACCAUGCGGCGCCAUCUAGUGCUCGAUAUGGACAGUGGCACAAGGAACGUGGACAGCAGACAGUCAAGAAUGUACCCCGUGUGAUAGUAUUUGUGGUAGGAGGCAUAUCUUUUUCGGAAAUUCGAUGCGCCUAUGAAGUUACCAACGCCCAGAAGAAUUGGGAGGUGAUCAUCGGUUCAUCCCACAUCAUAACCCCAGAAGGUUUCCUGAGUGAUUUGGCAACACUAUCUGGCUAGAAGGAGGGGCCUCGCAAGACGGUUACUUUCGAUGUGACGCCGUGAUUCACUGGUAGAUGGUUGGGUAGAUCAUUGAUCUUAUAUUUUUUUUUACUGAAUUCUACUUAUGUGACGACUUUUAAAUAAAACACGUUAGGGUGUCGAUUAAAUAUUUUCAUAGGUAAUAUCAUAAGGGCAUCCAAUUUUUCCGAAAAAAAAAUCGAAAAACACGUUACUAAGUAAUAUUAUAACAAGAAGCAUGAGUGCUGGUGGCAACAAAAAUCCGAGUCGAAGACUACAUAACAAAUGUAGUGGCGCUGAUGCUCGGUUUUCUCGUCAUUCUUUUUGACAGUCUGAAGUCGUAAUUUUGAAUUGAAAGUUGAAUUUUGUGCGGCGCCGGCGUUUUUAUUAGUUUUGUGUCGGUGAUACUGAUAUCUGUUGAGCGUUUAACCGAGUUUAAAUUAACAAACUUAAUCCUUGUAAUUCAGGCUUAUCGAAAGGGGGGAUUUAAAGUGCGUGAUGCCUGGUCGUACUGAUACAAUCAGUGAAAGGCAUACAUUUCCAAAAUAUGAUGCCGCUCUUUUUAACGUAUGGAUCGAGCAGGUGCAAAAUCCAGUUUUGGACACUAGAAGUCACGAACAAAUUUAUAAAAGACAUUUUUCGCACAUUUUUCGGAAAGUGAUAAAGUGCCUGGAACCAAGAGAGGUCUGAAAAGAACAGCUUUUCCUACAUUACAUCUUCCUGAACUUCAAAUCUUCAAGUAUUGUAAGUAAUAACUUCGAUUACUUAUAUAAACCAGGUACAUUCACUGUGUAAUCAGUGAAUAAUCAGGAUUAAAUGAUUGGAACAUUUUGGUGUCUUAGAAAAUUUCACAGUAUUUACGGUUUGCACAAUUUUUGGAAAAAUUUACCUAGCAUAAACAUAAUAAAAUUCAAUUCUUUUUUAGGUAUAGUUUCGGAAAAUGUUCAGAGUAGUCCCGAAACUGAUUAAGGCAGUAGAGAAAUUACUAAUUGUAAAUUUACAUGGUACAUCGGUAAUACCGAUUAUUUUUAGAUUACUAACAACUUGCAUAACUGUUAUACUUACGUAUUGCAAAAUACACAUUUUAACAAUAAAAUCAAGUCCAAAGAUGGCGCUAGGUAUUCUAUAUUUUGAACGGGUUCUAUAACAGUUCGUAUAGGUUCUAUAAAAAGUUCGGAGAUUAUCCCAGAGAUGGCGCUACCAACUUAGUGACACACCUUAGCAUUACAGAUUCCCUUAUAAAGUAGGUGUUAUAUGUCGAAGACGAGGAUUUUUGCACCUGCACGAAUGUUUUUUGUUAAAGAAAUAUUACUCUGCAUUGUUUUUUUGAUUUUUUUUACAGGAAAAAAUUAGAUCCUCCGAAUGGUAUUUGAAAAGACUAUUUCAUGAGUAACAGAUUAUUCUGCAUACACUCAAUAUUACAAAAUUUAUUUCCAAAUAAAAUCAGAAAAUUUGUUUAGCGUCGUAUUCUGGUGCCCUAGGACUUGUUACUUCUUAUCAAAAGUAUUGUAAUUUUUGGUGACAACAGCUGUCAAGUUUUGCCACGGUAAACUCAAAAAAACUGCUGACAGGUGCGGUCAUAAAAUUUUCCAUCCAUUUAUAAUUAAAAAUUGCGCGUUUGUGAUUGGUAGAAAGUAAGACCAGGGAAAUAGUCAUAAUUAACAUCAUAAGGGCAUCUAAUUUUUCCAAAAAGAUCGAAAAAACACGAUGCUAAGUAAUAUUUUAACAAGAAGCAUGAGUGCUGGUGGCAACAAAAAUCCGAGUCGAAGACGAGAAUUUUUGCGCCUGCACGAAUGAUUUUUGUUAAAAAAAAAUAUUACUUUGCAUUGUUUUUUCGAUUUGUUUCAUAGGAAAAAAUAAGAUGCCCGAAUGGUGACAAGACUAUUUUAUGAGUAACAGAUUAUUGUGCACACACGUAGCUUACAAAACAUACUACCUAUUAAAGUAUUUUUUUAAAGUAUCUGGAAAUUCCUUCGUUUCGUAUUACGAAAUUCCCUACUAGACUUAAAGAUAAGAUCAAACAUUAUUUUCCACUUCUUAAAAUACAUCUACUACAUUUUUUUGCAACGGUAUUCCACAUUGUCUUCACAACUAAUUCUGUGUAAUUUCCACAGUUUUCUUUUUUCAUAUUCCACGCCCAAUCUCUUAGGAUUAGGUUUCGUUGCUCAAAACUUGUAGUUUUCUAAAGUUCGUGUUUCUUUGCCUUACAGAAUGCCAUAUAUGGUUUCCAUAUUGACGUAUGUGUUUUUACGGUAUUGUACGGUACACUUUUCUCAAUCUCCAGAUCAAUAUUAGUCAAAGAAUCACUUCCAAAGCGACUCAUUUUCACUACAUAAGCUGACUAGCACUGUUUAAAAAUAAUAUUAUAAAAUUUAUUGACAAUAAAAUCAGAAAAAUUGUUUAGCGUCGUUCUCUGGCGUCCUAGGAGACCAUAAUUACUUGUUAUCAAAUGUGUUGUAAUGUUUGAUGACGACAAUUAUCAAGUUUUGCCGCUGGUAAACUCGAAAAAUCUGCUGACAGGUGCUGUCAUACAAUUUUUCCAUCUAGAAACCAUUUGUAAUUCAAAAUUGCGCGUUUGUGAUUGGUAGAAAUUAAGACAAGGGAAAUAGUAAUUUCAACACAUUUUGCUUUAAUUGUAUACAUAUUGUGUACAGAGUUUGUCUAAUCAUAGUUUUGAUAUUACAGACACCGUCAACCAACGUUCAGACGACUUUUAAAUUUUUCUUGCAUAUCUCAGUUAUUAUUUUACAUAAUACAUAAGAUUAAUUCCAAAUGAUCAAUUGUUUACCCAGUCUCCACCUAGUUACCCCUUUUAAAGCUUUCAUCUCUAAAUGUGAUGUUUCUUGUGGAGUUCAUAUCUUAUAUAUUCGUUGUAUUAGUUCACUGAAGCUUUCAGAAGCUUAUUAACUUAUUAUUUGAGCUUUAAAUACCAAAUACUUAUAUUUCUUACAGUUAGUAGUUACCAGCAGAGUAUUAUGCAACAUGCAUUUGUAAUUCGGUAAUGGUUACUGAAUAUGAUGCCGAAAUAGCACAAUAUUCAACUCGGCAAUCAUUGGAAUAAUUUUUGCUAUACGAAAAUCUGUAUACGAAAACCUAAACCUAAUUUAUACACAAAGAGUAGAUUUUUGAAAAAAAUACCGAAAUACAAAUGUAGGCUUAAUAAUUGUGUAUAUAUUUUUUUGUUCGUAAGUCUUCCUGUAAAAAAAAAAUUUUAGAACUUACUUGCCUAAAUCAAAUAUUUGCUGCGUUCACGGUCACUAGCUGUAAGUAUCUAGUCUUGUGACAUGCACUGAGUUUAGUAUUUAUUAAUCACAAUGAAUGAGAUUUGUCGCUACUUCGGUCAAAAUCAAAUUUAACCUACUGCAAAACAUCUCGCGCUCACAUUUCCCUAUUUUCACAGAUAACUACAUUAAAUCUAGUAAGUGGCAAUAGAGCAUCCUUGAUACGCGUCACUCUACAUUUGGCUCUUUGACUGUGAUACGCGAUUGACACUUGCUAUCGCAGGGAAUGGGGAGAUUCUGACGUCAGAUGUUCUGAAGGUGUUACUACCAGAAUAGGUGUACCACGUGUGAUUUUAUUCUUGGGAUAUAAAAAAAUAGCACUGGAAUUUUCCAUUUAAAUUCAUGUUUCAAUCCUAUAGUGAUGCCCUUGAUACACUUUAUGGCAGAUAUAUUUUGAUCUGUGCCGAUUGUGACAAAUUGAAACUAUAGUGUAUAUUAUAUAAAACUUUGACAUUUUAGGAUUAGGAAUGAAUCUUCUCUGGAUUUAUGAUUAUGUUUGAGAAAUACUAUGAUGCCAUAGUUCAUUUUGAUAACUAACCAAGCAAAAUGACUUUGUGGGGAUGGAACCAGAAUUAUAUAGAAUUUAAAAUUCAAACAUAAGUUUGGAUGCAACUUCUAGUAAUUUAAUCGGCUUGCCUAAAUUUGUUUUCAAUGUUUUCAUUUAAUUGUGAUAUGGGUAUGAUUCAUACUGUAUAAAGAUUAGUUGAUUGAAAUUUGCUAUAUCAUAAUGUUUUUUCAAGAUUCUUUAUUGUUGAAUUUUCGUAUAUUUUAGGUAUAUAAUACAUAUAUAUGUUCACAUUCCAAUAUAGAACACUUGCAUUUCAUGAUAAAGUCAGGUUAUAAAAAUGACUAUUAAAAAGUAUAUAAAUAUUAGAGUAGCUAUUGUUAAAAUCGACAAUAUAAAUAUCUGUAUUGUAUUUAUUUGUUUAGUGUGUAUGAUUCUGAACUAUGUCAAUUCAAAUGUUAAUAAACGUUAGCAUAUUAUUCAU